AGCUGCUGCUGGAGAGCAGAAGAGCAACAGUGUGGACGAGUUUGAGACGCGCAGGAGCGACUGAUACACACUUACUCACUCACUCACACACAGUGACCGAGGGGCUUUGACUACACUUUACACGCUAGUUACAGAAGACAAUGUUUCUUUUCGCUUGUUUUCUUUUCUGCUGAACAUUGCACGCCCUGCGCCGUGUUUCUGGAGUCUUGUUUGAUUAAAAACUCGUAUGAAGUUGUUAUGAAGCGAAACGCGCCGCUUUGCUCAAGAAACUGAAUCUCUCCAAACACACACACACACACACACACACACACACACACACACACACACCGCAGGAUCUCUUCUACGUUUAUUUUUUCCAGUUUUGAUUCAACAUCUGCGGAAUCACAGGGGAGGCCAUCAGCAAAGUUGCCAGACCCAAGCUACAACAAAGGGCUUUUAGUUUUCAGAAACAGCUCUCAUCUGAGGAUAAGGACGACGUUGCCCAGACCACCAAGACUGUCGAUGUCAGUCCUAUUGUCUGUCUACCCAAAGUCUCAGAGUUAAGGAAACGUUUUGAGCGCAUCAGUAAUAGUCAAAGUGACUGCUGGGACAUGAACAGGAAAGAACGAAUUGCACGGCGGCUGGAAGGAAUUGACAGCGACCUUCAGUUCUCGCUUCCAAGUGCAGGUCUGGUGACCAAUCGGCUACUGGAGGAAGACACUCCCAGAUACACUCGUGCCACUGACUUGUGUGACCCAUGCACUGUACCUGUGCAGCACUUUAGCAAAGAUGAGUCUGGUCUGUCAGAUCCUCACAGCUCUGAGAGUGUGUCACUGCACCGGAGCCGGAUGGAGACACACAUGGCUCAAACUGAGCCGGCUAAUAACCCCGGUUCUGCUGUAACAGCCGAGCUGGAGUCUAAAGCGGAUCGCAUCGCCCGCUACAAGGCCGAACGCAGACGCCAGCUCUGUGAGCGCUACCGCAUCUUACUGGAUGAAGAGGCAGACACGGACCAUGCCAGCCUUUACUCCAGAAUGCGGCGGGACCCUGAGGGCUCAGAGCGCCAGUACAGAGGGCAGGUGGAGGGAAAAGAUGAGGUGGAGCAUAAUGCCAGCACCGCCAACGUUCGGGCAAGUAGAAUCACUGCUCAGGCCAAUGUGGAGCAGGAGUACAGCAAGGAGAAGGCUGAAGUGUUCUCUGAGCAUGAGAGGAGGAUGAAUCUGGAAAACCAGAAAAGGGCACACGACCGAGGAAGAGUGCAUGGAGAAGAAGUAGCUCCAGACCACUCUGCUCCUUACAUAGACACUUCAGGUGAGACCAGAGCAUCAAAGGAACAGGAGGUGACUGGCUCGCCCAAAGCAAGUCGACCUGCCAAGCAAGUGGCUUCUACUGGAGAUUUAUUUAGUGACCAGCCGACCCACAACAUCCUCCACAAGCAAGGCUCUUAUAGUCAAUGGUCACUCCAGACUGAUUCAGAAGGAGACACCAUUUCCCCAAUCAACUGGCCCUCCAGAAUCAGAGUCAGGGAGAGACUGACUCAUGACAGGCCAUCACACCAAAAUGCAGAGCUCAGUACCCCAUCAGAAUACCCUGUGUACCGCAGUCAUACAAAGAUUUCCACUACCAACAAGGAACAUCCAAAAUCCCACUUCCCAUUCCGUCCAUCCCAGUUGCACCAUUCUCGUACUGGGCAAGCUGAGAACCAGGACCCUGGAUGCCGUGACUACCUCUCCAUUGGCACUGAGCCUUCUUGCCCCCAGGUUUGGCAAGAAGCUGAAGCGCAAGUGGAGGAAACGGGUAGUCCUUCGAUGGCAGAGGGGCUUAUGAAGACCAGGAAAGCAGUUUUGCCCUCUGAGGUCAGACGGAGAGAGAGAAGUGUCGACGACAUCCACCGCGGAAGAACUAAUGAUAUGGAUCUGGCCCCAUGCCACCAGGGACGCACUGCACCAAACAGAGAGGAAGUCCUAGUAGGAGAGCCCAGAGGAAGGCAGGGACGAUGGUCACGAAGGGAGGAGUAUACUGAACAUGUAUCUCGACUACAGGCAACUGAAGAAAUGUAUGCAAGAGCCAGGCAGGGCCAGGAGAGAGCUCCCAAUGGCUGGUAUAACCAACACGGAACCAACUGUCAGCCAUCAGGUAUCCAAGGUGUUGCUCCUGCAUCAAGUGGUAGAUGGGCUCCAGAUGCAACCAAACAUAUGAGUCUAUAUGUACCAGACUCUGGGAAACCUCAAACCACUCUUGCAGCCACUAGCCAGGAAGCCAUCCGCAACAGAGAGGCCGUACCUCAAGAGACCAGGGCCACCAGAGACCAUUCUCCAGUGGACUUGAAAGUUUCUGUAGCUCAAUUACGCCACUCCUACCUUGAGAGUGCAACAAACUCCCAAAAACCUGAACAGGUAGAGUAUUUUCCUGCGUCCACUGAGGUGCCCUGGAGAAGUGAACGAAGGGGCGGCAGAGCUUCCCGCCGCCCUCGGAGAUACAUAUCUCCCCAUGCGAAAGAGACUAGAAAGACUUCUGAGAGGUUUAGAACUCAGCCAGUCACAUCAGCUGAGUGGCAGGAGUCUGAUAGGUCUUGCCCAAUCCCAGAACCACAAAUCACUGAAGUGGAUGAAGAGAAGUUGGAUGAGAGAGCAAAGAUGAGUGUUGCUGCCAAACGCUCUCUCUUCAGGGAGCUGGAGAAGAGUGUGGAUGGUGCAGCUUUAAAGGCACAAAAUCAAAAUGCUGCUUUAGCACGCAGACUGAGAAGAGGUCAGGACCGCUACCGUACCCAGCCCGUCACAUCAGAGGAAGUUGUCAUUGCCGCUACUUCCCCUGGUCCUUUGUCCCAGACUGUAUCUGUUCAUUCUUCAGUAACACGUGUUCCUAGUCCCACUGUAGUCAGCAGCACAGUCACCCAACACAGCUCUAUGGUGAGGGAACAAGCACGAGAGGCCCGAUUGCAGGAGACAGCAGAGGUGGAAAAGCCUCGCCACACUGAAGAAGGCCAGGAGGAGCCUGACCUGUCCACUCUCACCCUGGCACAGAAAAUGGCCAUCUUUAACAAACUCACCCAGCAGUCCAGUGUCAACCCCGUCCGCCACAAAGACACGCGGUCACGGCGCAGUAACGCACGCUACCAGACCCAGCCUAUCAUACCCGGAGAGGCGGAGCAGGUUGGAGGUGGGUCUCAUUUCACCUCCUCCGCCUCUGCUGUAAAAUCGACCACAGUUUCUACAGUCCAUGCAGGUGAUAUUCACCUGGCCCAACCCAGUGUGUCCAACAGUUAUACUGAACAAGAUGUUCCACCUUGGCAACAAUCACAACCUCUUUCAACACUCCAGAACCGCACAGGUGCAUCUGAGCUACCUGGAGCUGAGAGAGAGGAGUCUAACCUGGGUGUGUAUGUGAGGAAACUGCCAUCUUCAGAUAGAGAGAAGCAGCCAGACAGAGUGGCAGUGACUUCAUAUGACCUCCAGGAGACAGACGGUCAUCAGAGAUCAAAAUCAGCCUUGGCAGGUCUUCCUGAGCAGACUCUUUCAGUGAGAGCUGCAGCAGCGCUGAAUGCAUCUCAGGCGCCGAACGGGAGCACUUCUUUGUCACAUCACACACACACUCAGCAAUCACACGAGUUGGGCAGAGAAGCCGUCUCGGAGGACAGAGAGAGGACCAGAGAGAGAGAACAAGACGCGGAAGACACAGAGGAGAUUUCAGACAUCAUGUCGGCAAGGCAGAUGUCCAUCAAAGAGAGGCUGGCUCAGCUGAGGAAGAGCGGUGAGGAAGACUGGAGGAACAGGAUCAAUAAGAAGCAGGAUGUUGUCAAAGUGGCCAUUUCAGAGAGACAUGCUCAGCUGUGGGAGGUGGAGCAGACUUUUAAGAAGAAGGGCAAUGGAAUAAUAGAUGAGUUUGCAGUCUCUGAUCAGCUCUGGGAGCCUGUCUUUUCUUCCACUUUUUCCUCUGUGCCUGUGAAUGCCUCCGAGUCUCUGGAUUCCAUCGAACCCCUUCCCCAGACACAAUCCCUGCUCACACAGGCGGAUGAACGUCACCCCUGGAGACGCAAGAGGAUUGGAGAUGAGGUAGUGGAGAGCCAGCAAAUGGAGCGGAUAGAGAUGUCCAUCCAAGAACGGAAGCAGCUCAUCACAGCUCAAGAAGAAGCCUGGAAGGUCAAAGGUCGUGGAGCCGCCAAUGACUCAACACAGUUUACUGUGGCUGGUCGUAUGGUCAAGAAAGGUCUCGCUGCCCCCAUGGUGCUUACCAAGCCAGUGUUUACUCCUGCAUCAAUCAAAAAUAAGAGUGCCAUCUCCAAACCUCAGGAAGAGAUUGAGGUCAGAGACGAUAUAAAACUCGAGUCAGACAAGAAGCUGGAGAAGCUGGAGUCUUUCUUGGGUCGGCUCAACAGUAAAGUGGGCGGGCUUCCUGAGUCCACACUUACAGUAACCGAAAAGACAGUUAAAGAGGUCAUGACUCUGGACGAUGAAUGUUUUGAUAAGUUUUACAGACACACUGAGCAACUGGCCAAUAUCAGCAGUAAAGUGGAGAUCGACGAUGACUUUGAUGCCAUCUUUGGAACUCAGAUGCCAAAGCUGACCUCAGAGAUGGUGCAGCACAAGCGUGCGGUGCGUCCAGCCCGAAACGUGCAAGCAUCCAGAAACCCUCUGAAGAUGCUGGCUGCACGAGAGGACAUUAGACAUGAGUACACAGAGCAGAGGCUUAACAUUGGUGUGCUAGAGAGCAAGAGGAUCACUCACGAGAAGAUGUGUAAGAACAGUGGGUUCUCUGCUGUGGCUCUGGCAGGCUUGGCGAGUAAAGAGAACUUCAGCAGUGUGAGUCUGCGGAGUGUGAAGGUCUCAGAGCAAGGCUCUCACAACAGUGCCAUGCCUUACAAGGGCACCAUGCUCAUGCAGGUCAAAGGUCGACGGCAUGUCCAGACAAGGUUAGUCGAGCCUAGAGCUUCCUCUCUGAACAGUGGCGAUUGUUUCCUCUUGGUUACACCCCAGUACUGUUUUAUCUGGAUUGGAGAGUUCGCAAAUGUCAUUGAGAGAGCCAAAGCUGCAGAGAUGGCCACAUUUAUCCAGACCAAGCAUGACCUUGGAUGCAGAGCCUCUUACAUUCACACAGUAGAGGAGGGUAUCAAUACCCACAGCCAUGCAUCCAAGGAAUUCUGGAAGAUUCUGGGAGGGCAGACCAGCUACCAAGCUGCAGGAACUCCAGAGGAGGAUGAGUUUUAUGAGACCGCUAUAGUGGAGACAAACUGUGUCUACAAGCUGCAUGAGGACAAGCUGGUUCCUGAUGAUGAUUUCUGGGGCAGAGUACCACGCUGCUCCAUGCUCAGCCCUGCAGAGGUGCUGGUGUUUGAUUUUGGCAGUGAGGUGUAUGUGUGGCAUGGUAAAGAGGUGACAUUGGCACAAAGAAAAGUGGCAUUUCAGCUGGCAAAGCACCUCUGGAAUGGGACAUUUGACUACACAACCUGUGAUAUCAACCCAUUAGAUCCAGGAGAGUGUAACUCUCUUAUCCCCAGGAAAGGCCAAGGCCGGCCAGACUGGGCUGUAUUUGGCAGGGUGGCACAGCACAAUGAGACUAUACUGUUUAAGGAGAAGUUUCUAGACUGGAGUGACUCCAAGCAGGCUUUAAAGAAGAAUGAUGACCUAGAAGCUCUUGAACACAAGGAGGUGCAAAGUGGUGACUGCCGAUCAUAUAAUGUGUCUCUGAUGUUGCCAUUGUCCCAUGCCCCUGUUCGGACUGUCCUGGAUGGCAUGGAUGUGGGGCGAGGUUAUGGUAUGCUGGAGGGAGAUGACAGGAGGAACUUUGAAAUUAGCACUCUGUCUGUGGAUGUGUGGCAUAUCCUGGAGUUUGACUACAGUCGGCUGCCCAAGCAGAGCAUUGGGCAGUUUCAUGAGGGAGACACAUAUGUAGUUAAAUGGAAGUACAUGGUCAGUACAGCAGUUGGAAAAAGGCUGAAUUCUGAGCGGACUGUUGGCCCGGGUAAGGAGAGGUGUGCAUACUUCUUCUGGCAGGGUCGUAACGCCACCGUUAGUGAGAAGGGAACAUCGGCUCUCAUGACUAUAGAGCUGGAUGAGGAGAGAGGAGCACAGGUCCAGGUGCAGCAGGGAAAGGAACCCCCCUGUUUCCUACAGUGUUUUAAUGGAGGCAUGAUGAUUCAUGCAGGAAAGAGAGAAGAAGAAGAAGAGAAUACACAGAAUGACUGGAAGUUGUACUGUGUGAGAGGAGAGAAGCCAGUAGAGGGCCACCUGCUGGAGGUGGUGUGUCACUGCAGCAGCCUGCGCUCUCGCACCUCCAUGAUUUUGCUCAACAUCCCUAAAGCCAGCAUGUACCUGUGGCAUGGCUGCAAGGCCCAAGCACACGCACGAGAUGUGGGCCGCACUGCUGCUAACAAGAUUAAAGAGCGGUGUCCACUAGAAGCGGGACUUCACAGCAGUAGCAACGUGACCAUUCACGAGUGUGAGGAAGGCACUGAACCAGUAGGAUUCUGGGAUGGUCUUGGGAGACGCGACCGCAAGGCGUAUGACUGUAUGAUCCAUGAUUUGGGAAAGUUUAAUUUCACACCACGGUUGUACCACUUAAGCAGUGCAUCAGGGGAGUUUGUUGCUGUGGAGUUGAUCUGUCCAUCCAGAGAGCCAAACCUGGUCAACUCCAUGCCUUUCCACCAGGAAGAUCUGUAUAACGUCACCCAGCCAGCUCUGUUUUUGGUCGAUAAUCAUCAUGAGGUGUACCUGUGGCAAGGCUGGUGGUCUCAGGACAGUGAGAACACAGGCUCUGCCCGCAUCCGAUGGGACUUGGACAGGAAGUGUGCCAUGGAAACUGUGCUACAGUACAGCCGAGAGAAGAAUGAAAAGAAGCCUCCUAAAGCCUACCUGAUUCAUGCAGGACUGGAGCCACUUACAUUCACUAACAUGUUCCCCUGCUGGGAGCACAGAGAGGACAUCGCUGAGAUCACAGAGAAGGAAGCAGAAGUAUGUAAUCAGAUCAUUCUAGUGGAAGAUGUUUUGGCCAGACUCUGUAAGACCACCUAUCCGCUGGCUGCUCUCAUGGCCCGGCCUUUACCAGAAGGUGUCGACCCUCUGCACCUUGAGCUCUACCUGUCGGACGAAGACUUUGAGGGUGUAGGGGCCUAUGGGAAGAAAGCACUAGAGAUGACAAGAAUGGAGUAUGAAGCUUUGCCAGGAUGGAAGCAGGUGAACGUGAAGAAAGCCAAAGGAUUGUUCUAGUGGGUUUACGAGGAUGAAGAUAAUCGCUGGUGCAGUGUAGAAAAAGAUGGAACAAGCAUGUGGUGCAUCUUACACUCCCUUUUUAGCUGAACUUUAUAAAUGUACAAAUGUGCUCAUGCGAGUGCACUGGAAAGGGAUAUAAGAAGAAAAGAAAGGUGCAGUGGAUAUGGUCAGAGAUUAGCAGAGGUUUACCAGCUUCUUGGAGUAUCUCUUUCUGUUCCCCCUUUUUUUUCCCAUAAUGUUAAAUUGUAAAAAGCUGUAAAUUACUGUAAUUUUUUUUUUUGUUUGAGGUUUUGUUUCUCCAGCUUUUUUGUUCAUUCCACUACGUGUUCAUGUAGCAGAAAUCAAGCUGCAAUUACAGUUUCCUGAACUUAAAUAGAAAAUAUGAAUAUAAAUAAUAUAAUUUGAAUAAUGCUGUGGCCACAUCAUACCAGCAGACUGUUUUUGCUAUACCUGUUAAUGCUUAUCGUUAUUUUACUUCAGUAAACACUUUACAGGGAUUUUGUUGCAGUAAAUGUACAGUAGAGUAUGACAGAUAUAAUAAUGUACUAAUGAUCCUAUUAAGUGUCCCCUGUUGUUGUUAUACAGGUGCUGCAAGGUGUGGGUGUGACUGAAUAACUAGCGAGAGUGUAGUGUGUGAGAGUGUUGUUAACAUGAAUUCAAUUGAAUAUUGUUGAAUUGGAGGUGAAUUAAAUCUCCUUGCUCAGAUCCUACAGUGUAUAGUGCCUUCGCUUUCAUGUACAGUUUAUAUAAUGAAAUAUAAUAGUAUGCAAUUUUAAUAUUUUUGUGAAUGUAUAAAAUAUCAGAGAAUAAACAGUGAACUAUAAAAA